AUGUAAGUAAGAGAAACAAACUCUAACUGAGGUCUGAGAGAGAGAGAGAGAGAGAGAGAGAGAGAGAGAGAGGGGUAGAGUUUUUGAGAGAGAGAGAGAGAGAGUUGCUCUCAUGUUUUGUUGGGUACAACAAAGUUUGUAGCCUGUUUUUUGUUUGCAUUUGUAAGAGGGUAAAAAAAGACAACAAUAUCAGCAACAAAACACAAAGCUCCUUGUUUUCUUUGUUUGGUGUCAGAUUUGACUCUUGAAUCUCUCAAUUUUGGUUUUCUUGAUCUGUUUGGUCUCAUAAAGGAGCUCUCUUUUCUUUAAAGCUCUAAUCUUUCUAUGAAUCUCUGAUGCAAAAGAUGGAACAUCAUGCGUCAUCAAAUGGUCCAAGAGGGUUUAGAGUUCAAGCUCCACUAGUUGAUUCUGUAUCAUGUUAUUGCAAAGUAGAUUCUGGUUUAAAAACAGUUGCCGAGGCAAGGAAGUUUGUCCCAGGAUCAAAACUAUGUAUCCAGCCUGAUAUCAAUCCUAAUGCACACAAGAGCAAAACCUCACGCAGAGAGAGGACCCGUGUCCAGCCACCACUUCUGCCUGGUCUUCCUGAUGAUCUGGCCAUUGCAUGUCUGAUUCGAGUUCCCCGAGCUGAACAUCGAAAGCUCCGUCUAGUUUGUAAGAGAUGGUACCGGCUCCUUGCUGGUAAUUUCUUUUAUUCUCUUAGGAAAAGUCUUGGAAUGGCAGAGGAAUGGGUUUAUGUCAUCAAGAGAGACCGUGAUGGAAAGAUCUCAUGGAAUGCUUUUGAUCCUGUCCAUCAGAUCUGGCAACCACUUCCACCAGUUCCUCGUGAAUAUUCUGGGGCCCUUGGUUUUGGUUGUGCUGUCUUAAGUAGUUGCCACCUAUACUUGUUUGGAGGAAAGGAUCCGCUCAGGGGGUCCAUGAGACGAGUCAUUUUCUACAGUGCCCGGACAAAUAAAUGGCACAGGGCACCGGAUAUGCUUCGUAAGCGUCAUUUCUUUGGUUCUUGCGUCAUAAAUAACUGCCUAUAUGUGGCUGGUGGAGAGUGCGAAGGAAUCCAAAGGACUCUUCGCUCAGCUGAGGUUUAUGACCCUAACAAGAACCGGUGGAGCUUUAUUUCAGAUAUGAGCACGGCUAUGGUGCCUUUCAUAGGGGUGGUUUAUGAUGGAAAGUGGUUUCUAAAAGGCCUCGGGUCCCACCGUGAGGUGAUGAGUGAAGCCUAUGAUCCAGAAACUAGUACCUGGACCCCAAUCAAUGAUGGAAUGGUUGCUGGCUGGCGCAAUCCUAGUAUCAGUUUAGAUGGAUGUCUCUAUGCAUUGGAUUGCCGGGAUGGCUGCAAGCUUAGGGUUUAUGAUGAAGCCUCAGAUACAUGGAACAAAUUUAUAGAUAGUAAGCUCCAUCUUGGGAGUUCUCAUGCUUUGGAGGCUGCUGCUCUUGUACCUCUCAAUGGGAAGCUUUGCAUUGUGCGGAACAACAUGAGUGUUAGCCUGGUUGAUGUUUCAAGUCCUGACAAACAUGUAGAGAGUAACCCUCACCUCUGGGAGAAUAUAGCCGGGAGAGGUCAUCUCAGGACCCUUGUUACAAAUUUAUGGUCAAGUAUAGCUGGUCGAGGUGGUUUGAAAAGUCACAUUGUGCACUGUCAGGUGCUUCAAGCAUGAGAACCAGAUGCAUUUUUGCUUUAGCUCGCUGUAGACGUUCAGCAUUUCCUUCAAUUUAUAAUGAUAGAUCAUCACAAACGCGGUUCACCCAUCAUUAGUGUCUGCCCUUUCUAAACCAGAAAGCUGCCUAUACUCCGUUAAUGUUCUGCUAUUUAUACUCCUGCCGAGGUUGAAUCAACAGUAAUCUGUCUUGGGUAUGGUUCUGAUGUUCUCACAACAUACGGUGAGAAGUGACUGGACGAGCUUAAACUAUCCAAUGACAUGGAUGAACGGAAUCAUCAUUCACAUCUAAGAUUGAUACAGGAAUUGGUGGUGCCUUUUGUGGUGUGCAACGUGGACAACUACGAAGAAAGAACAGUUCAUUGUUGGUUUCAGGGAUAGAUGCGUUCAUUUCCUUACAUUUAUGAAGGGAGAGCAGAUACUUGUAAAUCUAAGUCAUUUUCCAGGGCCAAGUCCCUUGUCGUGGGAUCUUUCCUUGUAGCAUGUAAUCUUUGGUAUGCUUUGUGAGUGUACAUGGGGUUAUUUCGAACUAGUCAAUGUAUACUUUGAUUACAUCUCAAUCGCUGUGGAUCAACUAUGCUACCCAUUUGUUUUGUUACUUUAAAGAUGGAUCUGGUGCACACCUUCAACA